AUGGCCAAGAGACAGUCGUGGUUCUUCACAACUUCAUUUGGAUCACAGACAGUCAGAAUGAAGCGUGUUGUUGUGGUGUUUCUGCUGCCGCUCCUGGGCCUGUUGCAUGCUGGGCCGCUGCUCGAUGAGCCCGUCCUCCAGCCCCAGGAGAACUUUGAUGUGAACCGGAGGAGACCCGGACUAGUUGUCACACUUAUUACACUUGUAGAAUAUUUCUAUAUAGACACAAACAUCAGCAAAACCCCUGGAAGAUUUCAUUACCACAGCGCCGAGUGGAAUGCUGAUGUGGACGCCUACGUGGUUCACACAAACUACGAUGAGUUCGCUCUGGUGGUGAUGUAUAAACAAAAACCAGGUGGUGAAAAAACCACAUCUGUCAAACUCUACGGACGUGCUAUGCAGCUGCGGCCCACUCUCAUCGAAGACUUCAAGACUCUGGUGGCUGAGCAGGGAAUGAGUGAAGACACUAUAGUAAUCAAAAAGAACAAAGGUGAAUGUGUUCCAGGUGAGCAGGUCACACCAGAGCCACAGAUCCAGAGGGCGAGGAGGAAUGUGGUCCUGCCGGCCCCUGAGGAGGGAUCGGGUGACGAUACACCCAUCUUCAGAGGACCUGGAGAUGAGGAGUUUCUCAGUGAACUGAGAAUGCUGUGAAUGAAAAUGGAGCGUUACUUUGUUUCAAACAGAAAAGUGCAACACGGAUCAGUUUUCAACAGGCAUUAACUUCAGCAUUAACACUAAAUAAAGACCU